GGUGUUGAGCAGGUUGAAAUAGAAGAGUUUCCUUUGUGAUUUGACCCGGUUGGGAUGAGAAAACAAUGACUUUCAAUCUCAACUUCUUUUCAAUACACAGCAGAUCACAGCAACUCCUAAAGUCAGUGUGGGAGAUAAGCUCUUGGUGCUGGCCUGGUUCAGUCACAGGAGGAGUGUCAUCAGCCUCUCGAGAAUGGCUGCGCCAUUUCUUGCUGCUGAAACUUGUGACAGUGCUGCUGUUCCCACACGGAGCAUGCAUUCCCCUGCUGCUGGGGUGUGUGCUGAGCCUGCGGGCACUGUUGCUGCUACGCUCCCCUCACAUCUCCACAAAGCCCUCCACUGUGUUCCUCGGCCAGCUGGCUCUCUCCGACAGUCUGGUUCUGCUGCAGUGGUUGCUCUGGCUCGGGGAGAUGCUUUCCUGGUGGAUGGAGGAGGUGGACCGUGAGGUUGAUACGGGAGUCAUGAAGAAUGGGGGUUUGGUUGGGUGGAGGGUGGCUGUGAGUGUGCUCUGUCAGCAGCUGCUUAAUGCUCACCACCUGGCCUCUCUGCUCCUGCUGGGGCUGCUGGGGCUGGAGGCGAUGCUGGUGUCACGCUGGCCCCAACAGACCCGGCGUUUCAGGACUUCUCACUGGGCUCACCUCAGCUGUAGCCUGGUCUGGGUGUUAGUGCUGCUAGAACUCAUACUGUCACUACACCCAAAACUCAAACUGGACCCAGGACCACAAACAUACUCAUCGACACUUCAAGACUCUCAGACUUUAUUUGUGGAAUUGGUGCCUCCUUCCUCUCUGCCGGCUUUCUCCCCCUGCCUGCGGAGGUCAUUGUGGUUGAUAGAUUUAUGGUUGCAUUAUGCGCUGCUCCAUCACAAACCGCAGAGGAGGAAGAGCUCCUUUCAUUAAAAAUUA